AUGAUAACUCAUGAUUUUAUGAGCUGCCCAUAUAAGGAUGUUUGUCCAGAUUUUAUAGCAGAGCAGGUUAAUGCAUUUAACAAUUUUCAGCGUCCCCGAUAUGACCCGUAUUCAAAUUUCUACAACCCAGGUUGGAGAGAUCAUCCUAAUCUAAAGUGGGACAAAGAUCAGCACUCUAGGCCUCAAUUUCAACAGCAGGUACAACAACCUGCUGCACCUAAGGCUGCUUGGGAGGUUGCAAUUGAAAAAUUGGCAAAUACUACCACGCAAGAAAUCCAAAACCUACAGGCAGCAAUGAAAAACAUGGAAAAACAAAUGGGGCAGAUUGCUUUGCAGGUUUCAGAAAAGGCACCGGGUACAUUUACCAGCCAAACCGAACCAAAUCCAAUGGGAGGUGCAGAUUGCAAGGCAGUUAGAUUUUUGCGUUCUGGAAAAAGUUUUGAUAAUAGAAGUGAAAAUUGUGUUCGACAUUCGCAGGUGGCUUCACAGCCAAAAACAGAUUCGGGAAUUGUUGAAAAAUAUGCCAAUUUGAAAGAUUCUGAACAACCUUUGAACAGUUCUGAAAAUGGUGCUGAUAUUGUUGCGGAUUGUGUAUAUGAGCCACCUAUGCCUUAUCCUGAACGAUUGAAGCCUAAAGUUAAAGAUCAACAAUUGACAGAUUUUAUGAAGAUUUUGUCUAAGGUUCAGAUUAAUCUACCGUUAAUUGAUGCCAUCAAGAACAUUCCGUCUUACGCCAAGUUUUUGAAGGAUGUUUGCAAAAAGAAAAAGAAGCUCUUUGAUUUUGAGAAAAGACUAGGACAAGGAGAAAUCAAGCCUACAUCAGUUAUUCUACAACUAGCAGACCGUUCAGUUGCUUAUCCUAGGGGAAUUAUUAAAGACCUAAUUAUUAAAGUGGAUAAUCUUUAUCUUCCUGCUGAUUUUUUGAUUUUGGAUAUGGAUGAAGAUAUGCAAACACCAAUUAUUUUGGUACGGCCUUUCAUGGCAACUGCUCGAACGUUAAUUGAUGUAGAGGCUGGAACACUUACACUUCGAGUGCAAGAUCAAUCUGUUGUGUUCAGUUUAUUUGAAGCAACUAAAAGGCCAGGUGAUGUGCAAGAUUGUAUGCGUGUUGAUGUGCUUGACAGCAUAUUACAUGCUGAAAUUCUGCCACGUUUGACAUAUGAUCCAUUGUUAAAUGUGUUGAAUGGGUUUGAGAAUAUAAAUACAGAAGAUGAAAAGGCUUUUGAGUAUGUUUCAGCUUUGGAAAAUUCUUCGCUGCCAGUUAUUAUUGUUGCUGAUUUAUCAUCAGCAGAAGAAGAUAAACUGUUGCGCAUUUUAAGGAGUUAUCAAUAUGCAAUUGGCUGGACUAUAGCUGACAUUAAAGGGAUCAGCCCUACAAUUUGUAUGCAUAAAAUUUUGAUGGAGGAUGGAGUAAAGCCUGCCAUUGACGCUCAACGUCGUUUGAAUCCAAUUAUGAAAGAAGUUGUUCGUAAUGAAGUUAUGAAGCUUUUAAAUGCUGGGAUGAUCUAUCAUAUUUCAGAUAGUAAGUGGAUUAGUCCAACUCAAGUGGUGCCAAAGCGUUCUGGUAUUACAGUUGUGAAGAAUGAUAAUAAUGAACUUGUGCCUACUCGUUUGACUACAGGGUGGCGUAUGUGUGUUGAUUAUAGAAAGAUCAAUGCGGGGUAUAACCAGAUUCCAGUUGCCCCUGAGGAUCAAGAGAAGACAACCUUUACUUGUCCUUUUGGGACUUUCGCAUAUCGAAGAAUGCCUUUUGGUUUGUGCAAUGCGCCUGCCACGUUUCAGCGUUGCAUGAUGAGCAUAUUUACCAGGGGUAUUGAGGUUGACAAGGCUAAAAUUAAUGCAAUUGAAAAGUUGCCACCCCCGACGACUGUUAAGAGUGUUCGAUCUUUUCUUGGCCAUGCUGGGUUUUAUAGACGGUUCAUCAAGGAUUUCUCCAAGAUUAGCCGACCAUUGUGUAAUUUAUUGGCUAAGGAUGCUCCUUUUCUUUUUUAUGAGGCUUGUUUGGAGGCCUUCAAGAAGUUAAAGACACUCCUCACCACAACACCCAUUAUUGCAGCCCCUAAUUGGAGCUUACCUUUUGAAUUGAUGUGUGACGCGUCAGAUUAUGCAGUGGGAGCAGUUCUUGGACAACGGAAAGAUAAGCUUCCCCAAGUUAUUUAUUAUGCUAGUCGAACCCUCAAUGAUGCACAACUCAACAAUGCAACCACAGAGAAAGAAUUGUUGGCAGUUGUUUUUGCAUUGGAAAAAUUUCAUUCGUAUUUAGUUGGGGCUAAAGUGAUUGUCUAUACAGAUCAUGCAGCUUUAAAAUAUUUGUUGUCUAAAAAAGAUGCUAAGCCUCGAUUGAUUCGUUUGAUUCUUUUAUUGCAAGAGUUUGACUUAGAAAUCAGAGAUAAAAAGGGUAGUGAAAAUGUGGUGGCUGACCAUUUAUCUAGAUUAAUUAUUCCCACAGCUUCCGAAGAGGAUUCCCUACCAUUAAGUGAGUUUUCCAGAUGA